GAUCUGUUUCAGAAAAGGAGUUGGAACAGUGACGUUUGGGGAAAACCUUGUUAGACCCUCCUUCACCGGCCAAUCUUCAUUCUGCUCUAUCAGAAUCGGUCCAGAGUUCACCUUCCGUUUACUGGAUUUAAUCUCCUCUCUCACCGUCAAGCUCUGCACCUCCUCCGGCUGCCCGCGCUCCCUCACGCUUCCCCGGAGGAAUGCCGACUACGGACCGAUUGAGACGUUACGCGGAAUAGCUGCCUUCUCGGAGGUGACGGGAAAUCAAACUCUACAACUUUCACACUCGACCGAAACGGGAACCUAAAGAGGAAUAACAAAUGCCCCAGCGGCCAGGAGGAGGGGAGGACUGUGUCUUCAGCAGAGGAAGCCGAUUGGACCUGAUUAACAUCCAGUACACGGGAAGGAGUUUUAACUACUAAAACGGCAUUUUGAUGUAACAAGGAAGAGGAAUGUAUGUAAUGUGUACACAUAUUUAACAAUCAGCUUCUUUUUAAACACCCUGGAUCUCAAAUGCUAAGAAAUCUGUGUCAUGUUAUUCCUGAGUUCUCUUUUAUUGUCCCACAGCUUGAGUAAGCAUUCCUACGUGUAUUAUCAGCAGUUUUAUGGCCGCGUACGUGUACUGAACCAACAAACCUCGUCUGUGUCUCGACAGUAGCAGAAUGAGCGGAGCUGAGGACGGGACGCUGAACUCUACAAGUUUAGAGGGUCUGCCGGGGAACAGCAGCGACCCCGGCCCGGCCCACGUGGAGCAGAUCCUCGUCCCGAUACUGGACGCCGUGAUUCUGGUUCUGGGAGUCAGCGGGCACACUCUCGUGAUAGUGAUUUUACGCGGGCGAUGGAGGAGACGGUCUCCUCAGAGCCCGAGGGCGGGUGCAGGGACGGACAUCCUCCUGCUGGCGCUGAGCGCUGCGGACCUGCUCUUGCUUUCCACGGUUCCCUUCCACACAGCUGCCAUCGCCAUGCAGGAGUGGCCGUUUGGGACAUUCAUGUGUCGCCUGCUUGGUUUCUUGGGUUCCGCCUGCUCCUCGGCCAGCGUCUUCACUCUGGCGACGCUAGCCGUGUGUCGGUACCUGACUGUCGUGAAGCCCAACAGGGCGUACAGCCUGCUCACCCCUCGCCGGGUGUCUGCAGUCGCUGUGCUGCUCUGGGUUCCGGCCCUCAGUCUUGGCGCUCCCCAGUUUGUCUUUCGCUCCCUCGGAACCCCAAAGAAAGACCCAGAUGGACUCGCUUGCUUCGCUUUCCUGUCUCAGCGAGACCAGCUGAUCUAUGAACUGUUUCACUUUGUCAUGGCCUUCCUGCUUCCACUGGUCACCAUCGCGGUGGCGUACGGCAGCAUCUACAUCUUCCUGUGUGGGCGUCAGCACGCCGGCAGGGCCCCCCAGGUGGAGCGCUAUCAGAGCAGAGUAACUCUGACGACGGCCAUGCUGGUGCUGGCCUUCACCGUCUGCUGGCUGCCCUCCUACGGCCUCACUCUGGCCCGACUGACGGAUAACAGCUCCACCGGAGCCUCGCCGCGUUACGGGCCCUUCAGUGUGUUUGCACGACUCAUGGCAACCUCCUCGACAGUGAUGAACCCCAUCCUCUAUGUGCUAAUGUCCCAAAAGUUCAGACAGGACCUACUGAGGCUGUUCAAGAGGGACGGACAAACAGCAAAUGUGGCGGUGGCCAUGUCUGCUGCCUGACACUGUUACUGUAUGGACCCGGAGGAAACCCUGAGAGCAACCACCCCCCUACUUGCAUGUUAAACACUAACAGCACCAUUACAUUUCUUUGCAUCCUCACUGCAUUUACUGUUAGUCAGGAUACUGUGUAAAAAGAUCACAAGGUUUCCUCUGGGGGUUACUGCUUUACAUGCACAGCAGGAGAAACCCUCCUGAAUCACACACUCCUUGCAAAACAGACUAAAGUAGAGGCAUGUUGGUAAAACAUUAACACUGAAGCUGUGUUUUUUGUGCCAAGAUAAGGUGAAUAAAGUCUCUUUGUCUCUGGACCUCUUCAUUUUUGCAUGCACUAUAUUCUCAAAGCACAGAUAAAAAACAAACUAUCAGUGUUUUCUUCUUACUUUGGCAGCAACUUCAAGAAAUAAAGUCUUCAGGUUUUGUUUUUUUUUAGAUCAAGUAGACAAGCAUUAGGAAUGGGCGAUAUUUUACCGUUCACGAUA